AUGCCUAUCCGAAGCGAAUGGAGCCUCUCGCGUGAAGGCAUCACUGGCGACACGAUUGGUCGACUACUCAAGUUGACAGUGCUUAACCCAGCCUUGACACUCCCCCUCAUCCUACUGGGUCGCUUUACUACGCGUGGAAACAUACUCGCAGCCGAGCACGGUGCCGCAUUCAAACAUCUAAGGACCCUUGUCGGACUCGGUCUGUUGAACAGUCUCAGCGGGUGGCUCGACAGCGCGGUGACGAACAACUGGAGCAAUGACACUUACGACUGGAACAAGGAGAUUGUUGUUGUGACGGGUGGCAGUGAUGGCAUUGGCAAGGUCGUGGUGCAUUUGCUUGCUGAGAGGGGCAUCAAGGUUGCUGUGCUAGAUAUACAGGAGCUCACAUACGAGGCACCACCUUCUGUUCGCUUCUUCCACUGCGAUCUCUCCUCUCCCGACUCCAUCGCCUCCGCCUGCUCGCAGAUCCGUUCCACCCUCGGCAACCCGACCGUCCUAAUCAACAACGCUGGUGUCGUACGUGGCAAGACAAUCCUCGAGAGCACGGAGAAGGACAUCAACCUCACAUUCAAGGUCAAUGCCUUUGCACACUACUACCUCGCCCAACAAUUCCUGCCAGACAUGGUCAGCAAGAACCACGGCCUCAUCUGCACAGUAGCCAGUCUAGCUGGUUUUGUCACAGCCCCGUCAAUGGUCGACUACGCCGCGUCCAAAGCCUCUGCCAUAGCCUUCCACGAAGGCCUCGCGAGCGAGCUGGUCACACACUACAAGGCACCCAAGGUCCGCACGGUCUUGAUGUGCCAGGGCUACACACGCACCGCGCUGUUCGAAGGCUUCGACAGCAAGUUCUUAUACCCCGAGACAGUGGCUGAGGAGAUUGUGAAGGCCGUUCUGGGCGGGAAAUCAAAGCACAUGACUCUGCCGGAGACGGCUUGGUUGAUUGCGCCAAGGCUGAGGAGUCUGCCGCUGUGGAUGCAGUAUGGAUUGCGGAAGCGCUUGGACAGUAUGAUGAAGAACUGGAAAGGACGGCAGGUUGUGCAGCCGUCUAUGGCUGAGGAGAAGGAGGGAGACGGAUUGCUGGGUGGAAGUGGAAGUGAGGAAGACAGGGUUGAGGAUAGCACUGUGCUUGUAGGUGAGCACUAGAUGUUUCCUCUAGUAACUCCUGAUCAUUUUCCAUCAAAAUUCAGAAGUUCAUCACAUACAACUGCA